AUGAAGAUGAGAGGAGUAUUUGGGGUUGUUUUGGUAGCUGUAUUAGUUCUGCUCAUAAGUCCUUGUUUGGCGAAUAAUAAUGGGAGAAACGUUUUUCAUGAGAGAAAGGGUAGUAGUAGUGUGAACUCUACUACCAUUCACACUAGUGAGGGAAACUCAUCUGAAGAAAUAUUAGUUGGAAGGAAAUUUAAUAGAAAUAGUGGCGGCGGCCGGGGAGGACAAGGAGCUGGGACCGGAAGUGGUGCGGGAGGAGGCGGAGGCAAUGGUAAACAUAAAAGGCAGAAAGGAGGGAAGAAUAAUGGUGGAGGUGGAGGAGGUGGCGGAGGUUCAGGUGGUGGUGGUGGGGCCAACAGACAGGCAGCAGCUACCAGAAAACGGCCGCCGAUCCGGCGUGCCCAGAGCAGCCAAUGGCCUAGAAAAAAAAGUGAUCCAGAUAAUCCAAGAACUCUACCAGAGGGUGCAAACCAUGGAAGGCCGGAUCGCUUCCAAAGAGUGAUAAUAAUCGAAACACGCAAGCCAGGCCACCUCCAGGAGCCUCUCCCGACGAGAAGUCAAGAACGAGAGAUCACGCACCUGGUACCACGACAGACGUCAAUCUCGCAGAGUUACGGUGACGACGUUGGAACCGAUGAGCAUGGCGGAAGCGAGCUUUUAGUGACAAGGCUCCGAGGAGAAAGGAUGAGGAAUUUGAAACAUGAAUUGAAGUCACGUGCAACAAGAGGAUCGACUGUUAAGGAUUGA